GAUAAAGGCAGAAAAAGUAUUGGCGCUAUACACAGAGAGCUUAUCUUUCUAUCUUCUAUGUAUUGACUGUUAGAGAAAGAAACAAACAGAACCGAAGGUCCGGAGUACGUGGGAGUGUGAAAGCCAUGCGAAGCUCAACGCUCUCAUGGAGCGUUUUGAAGGCGCACUAUUUGCCUUCAUCUCCUAAACCUUCAAAAUCUCGUAAUGCCCAUUUCUUUUCUUUCAACCUUUUCUUCAAGAAGCACUCUUCAAAGUUCUGUCUUCGCAACCCAAGUCUUAUUUUUUCCAGAGACUCCGGGCAAUGGUGUGAAAACAGAAGUGAGGAGUGGCUUGGGCAUUCUCUGCCGAAAGUGUUAGAAAAUCAGGAUGUCCUUGAAGUUAGGUACACUGAUUGCAAGACUUGUAGUGCGACAGGAAAGUCAAUACCCAACCUGGAUCUUUCUUAUUUUUUAGAUUAUUUGCACACAAAGAAUAGCUCGAGAAGGGAGUAUCACAUAGCUACAGAUAUCAUAUCUUCUUGUUCAUCAUUUGGUAGUAUCAUGAAGUUCAUGAUGCUGUUUGGAUCGCUAACGCUUCAAGGAUCUCAACCGGCAAUUGCUGGUACAGACUUUAGCAGUGGGUUGCAGUCAAUUCCUUAUAUUGGAGACCUUGGUGAUAUUUUCACAGGUUUUGCUUCAGCAUUCUUGCUCAUCUUCUUUUCAGAACUGGGAGAUAAGACCUUUUUCAUUGCAGCACUUUUAGCUGCUAGGAAUUCUGCUGCAACUGUUUUCAUUGGAACUUUUGGUGCACUUGCGGCAAUGACUAUCAUAUCUGUCAUUCUUGGAAGAACUUUUCACUAUGUUGAUGAAAUCCUCCCCUUCAGGUUUGGUGAGACUGAUCUGCCCAUUGAUGACAUUGCUGCAGUUUUCCUUUUGGUCUAUUUUGGGGUUUCAACAUUGCUUGAUGCCAGCUCAAGUGAUGGUCUAAAAGCAGAAGAUGAACAAAAGAAGGCAGAGCUAGCUGUGUCAGAAUUUUCAGGAAACGGUGCUGGAAUUUUAGCUGCCGCAAACACCAUUAUUAGCACUUUCCUCCUUGUUUUUGUUGCUGAAUGGGGUGAUAAAUCAUUUUUUUCCACCAUUGCACUCGCUGCAGCCUCUUCGCCUCUUGGAGUCAUUGGGGGAGCAUUGGCUGGUCAUGGUGUUGCAACUUUGCUUGCUGUGCUAGGAGGUUCUUUACUAGGGACAUUCUUAUCCGAGAAGUUGAAAUCGGACGUAACAAGGCCUAUGAGUGCCAUCCAGAAUCAAGUGAAAAAAAGACAUCUACUUUUUUUCGUGGAAGAUAUAUCUGUAUGCAGUGUAACGACAGUUCACUUGGAAGCUAUAAGGAAUCCUGUCAGUAGAUUUGUUCCAUGGUAUCAUUGGUCAAGUCCAAGCAUGUAAAAGUUGGGCAACAUCAUGGCAUUUGUACCUUAAAAAGGUUGGCUGGUUGGACCAACAUGUUCAAGCAACCACAAAAAUUCUAUCCCCAACACACUUCCCUGGUUGAAAUAUCUCAUCGGUGGGCCUCCUCUCUGUGUUGCUUGAACAUGUUCUUGCCAUCCAGUCCAUCCAUUUUGACUCACUCACCAUACCCAUCUUCCACAUUGUCUACUUCAAAGACAUAAAUUUGUGCUUGUUUUGAUUCUUUUGCAGGCAAUUGCCUAUGUCGGAGGCGCUCUUUUUCUGGUCUUCGCAGCUGUUACAUUGGUGGAGAUAGUCAAUUAGAAAGCUUGUUGUAUAAUAAUUUUCAUAUGCAUAGUUGUUGAAAGACUCAAAACUCUAUUAGUUUUGAAAACCUAAUUUUUUAUGUUGUUUAUUAUGGAUCA